GCGUCAAGCCCUGAGCUAGAGGCCACCUGCAAUCGCAAAAAUGGGGCCCACAAGCACAAGACGAGCAGUGGUUGAUGUGGCCAUGUUCGUGGUAACUCAAGUAGCAUUAUAUUAUACAAUGAAGUGGGUCCUAGACGCCUACGUACCCUCGAACAAGGGGACCAAAGUAAAAGGGAAGCAGAUGGAGGUUCUGAAGAGAUUGGGUCAUGAAGAGCUUGUGUUGGAUGAGUAUGAACGAACACUGGCCAACGAAAUUAUCCAUCCAGACGAUAUUCCCGUUCGUUUCUCAGAUAUCGGCGGACUAGAACCAAUAAUAUCUUCCCUCCGCGAAUCCGUCAUAUAUCCUCUCAUAUAUCCCGACUUAUUCACGACUUCGUCUUCACUGCUUGGUGCACCGAGAGGUGUACUGCUAUAUGGGCCACCAGGAUGCGGGAAGACUAUGCUUGCAAAAGCUAUGGCCAAAGAAACUAAGGCCACCUUUAUCAACAUUUCCGCGUCAGUUCUAACCAACAAGUGGUUCGGAGAAUCGAACAAGCUCGUUGCAGGCUUGUUCGGUCUUGCCCGGAAAACGCAGCCUACAAUAAUAUUCAUCGAUGAAAUUGAUUCCUUUUUGAGGGAAAGAGCGUCGAAUGACCAUGAAGUCACAGCAAUGAUGAAGGCUGAGUUCAUGACCUUAUGGGACGGUCUAACAUCUGGAACAGAUCGCAUACUAGUGUUGGGCGCAACCAACAGACCGAACGAUAUUGACGUUGCCUUUCUACGUCGUAUGCCCAAGAAGUUCGCAGUACCGCGGCCAGAUAGCCAACAACGGCUAAAUAUACUCAAACUAAUGCUGAAAGAUACCGCGUUGGCUCCUAACUUCCCCUUGAGCCUCCUCGCCGAGAAAGCAGAAAACUUGUCGGGAUCAGACCUCAAGGAAAUAUGUCGAAAUGCGGCUAUGAUGCCGGUGAGGGAGUACUUGAAGGAGCAUGCGGGAAAAGACGGGGAUCUUGCGAAGGGACAAAUUGAGGGUUUUGAUAUCCGACCUCUCCAAAUCGAAGAUUUCUUCGACGGCGAAAUGAUAAUAACACAACCACUUGAUUAGUGGUGUGCAAUGCGUUGGGAUAAUUUAUUUAUUAGAUAGAGUGUUAGGUAUUGCUACAUAAUGGAUAGAUAUCCAUGUAUUUUGUACAUGUAUACAAGUCUUGUGAUUCACUCUGCUCAC